AUGAUCCAUAACGUCACCGCUUCCGCUUCCAUGGGGUACUUUGAUCCCUUCAUUCUUUUCGUCAAUGAGUUUAUUCUUCUGCCUUCGAUGUUGGUAAAGAUGGCGCUCAAACCUCAUAUUCCUUCAAUAGCUAAACUAGCAUCUGACCAGCAAGGUUUGAUGUGUUGCUUCUUCUUUUUAUCUUCGGGUGCUUCUCCUUGCUAUUCUGCAUGUUGGUUUUCUCCUUCGAGGUUUCUACAGGGGUGCAUCCCGCACUUGAUGUCUUUUUGCUUCGAAGUUGAUCCCGAACCUUUACACAUAUUCAUAAAUCUUUGGGUAGUUGUUGUUGUUCUUGUGGACCAUGUUGAGCUCCGGUCUAUUAUUAGUAGUUGGUUCAGCGUUGUCUUGGUUUCCUAUGAUUUUAUUCUUUAUUUGGGUGAUACGCAAUAUGUGCCUCUUUUGUUUGUUUUCAGAUUGAUGGGCUUCCUGAACUUUAUUGUUGUCUUUCUUCCUUUCCAUGUUAUCUCUAUUCCUUUUGUGAUUGUUGUUUUCUGA